AUGGAUCUGAUGAAUCGCGUGUUUAAGCCUUAUCUUGAUCAAUUUGUGGUGGUCUUUAUAGAUGAUAUCUUAAUAUAUUCCAAGAAUAGUGAAGAUCAUGGAAAGCAUCUUCGAAUUGUUUUGCAAAUUUUGCAAGACAAAAAGCUUUAUGCUAAGCUUUCCAAAUAUGAAUUUUGGCUUGGUGAAGUGGAUUUUCAUGGACAUAUUGUGUCGGCUGAAGGUGUGAAGGUGGAUCCUAGUAAGAUUCAAGCUAUUGUUGAAUGGAAACCACGUAAAAGUCCAACUGAAGUAAGGAGUUUCUUGGGUUUAGCGGGAUACUAUAGAAGGUUUGUCAAAGGCUUCUCCAUUAUAGCCUCUCCUUUGACUAAACUCUUGAGGAUGGAUGUCAAGUUCGGAAAGAGUAUGUGA